UGUUGACGCUUGCAUGUACCAUUGCUAGUUCUUUUCCUGUUAAUGUUUAACGCAUCAUCAAGAACUGGCCGUAAAGCUAAAGGGAUUUGUGUGUGUGCGUGUGUGUGUGUGUUGGGAAAGUCAUUACCCCAUAAAACACAUUUAAUGGGCGAGAGGUUGCAAAUAUUUCGGGUUUACUGACGCAAUUUGUAAAAAAAAAAAAAAAAAAUAUGCAAGCUAUAAAGCGGCGGAAUAUAAAGUUAAGCAACUUUCUGUGGCGACACUACAAGAAUGAAGUAACAGUUACCACCAGUUGUUGGUGAAUGGGAGGGUCUGUCUGUGUGCUUCACCGCUUUACUCACUGGAUUGAAGCAGUGAGGAGAGCUUUCGCCUCCAGUGUGGACCGUCGACAGGAGCCAGGUGACCGGACCGACGUCAUGCUGCUGAAACCCAACAGGAGUCCUCUGCUGCUCACCGUCACCUGCAUGUGCUUCUCAGGUGGUUUGCUUUGGUCCUACCAGGAGGAGGAUGCCAGUGAAGGUGAGAAGUGCUCUGAAAAUAACAUUUCUACCACAAAGUACCCCUGCUUGAAGUCGACGGGAGAAGUUACGACGUGUUACAGAAAGAAAUGUUGCAAAGGCUUCAAGUUUGUGUUGGGUCAGUGCAUUCCUGAAGAUUAUGAUGUGUGCGCUGGCGCCCCCUGUGAGCAGCAGUGUACGGACAAUUUUGGUCGAGUGGUUUGCACCUGUUACCCUGGCUACCGCUAUGACCGUGAGCGUCACAGAAACCGAGAAAAGCCCUACUGUCUGGACAUUGAUGAAUGUGCAGACAAAAAUAUGAGCGCAUGCUCUCAGAUCUGCAUCAACUCCAUGGGGAGCUACAGGUGUGAAUGUGAAAAAGGCUAUUUCCUGGAAGAAGAUGGGAAAACAUGCACCAAGGGGGAAAGAGUUCAUCUCUUUGAGAAGUGCGAUAAUGUAAUGAAUGCUGAAACGUGCUCAGCCACAUGUGAGGAUUUCCUCCAGAUUAAGAUGUCCGUCCUGCAGCUGAAACAGAAGAUGGCAUUGCUGUCAAAUAGUGCUGACAUCCCUGUGCAGAUGACCAGUGAGAAAAUCUCAACCUCACCUGUAUAUUUACCAGGGCCGCCAGGUUCUCCUGGACCUCCAGGAGAUCCAGGACCAGAGGGCCCUUCGGGAAAGUUGGGGCCUCCUGGGCCACCUGGUCCUAGAGGCUUAAUGGGACCCAUUGGACCCACACCAGACCUGUACCACAUAAAACGAGGCCCUCGAGGACCUGUGGGAUCUCCAGGAGCACCAGGAAGGGAUGGCCUGAAGGGGGACAGAGGAGCUCCUGGGCCUGCUGGACCACCAGGCCAACCCGGCUCCUUUGACUUCCUGCUCCUUCUGAUGGCGGACAUCCGCAACGACAUUGCUGACCUGCAGAGCAAGGUGUACGGUCAGUCAGGGAACUCUCCAGAGGAGGAGAUUCCUCUGGCCCCCGACAGCUGGGGAGAUUCCCAGGACAGCUUGGACACAGGUUCAGGGGAGGCCUAUAAGGAACCUUCACCUCAAACAGGCAGAGGAUCCAAGAGGAGCAGAAAGAGGAAACCAGCACGAGAGAGAAUAAACUGAGCGGACUGGAGUGUAUGAAGGCUGGUUUUACAUACUUUACAUGAGGUGUAAAUAUUGAAGUGGCUUUUUAUUUAACUGACCGUAAAAAGAACUAAAUGUAUGACAUUUUCUCAUAGAUGUUUAUUUUUGUAUGAUAUGCAAAUUUUUGUUGUUUUUGGUCAAAUGGGAGAAGACUGUGCCACUGCGUGUCUUGUUUUUAUUGUCUACAUUUUGAAAUGUUCACACGUUCCUCCUCAGCACAUUAAACCCAUUUCUAGUAAAA